GCAGACUAGUGAAUGAAUCUCCGAUGGAGCAGAGUCAGAAACCAAAGAGUUGCCAGCCUGAUUCAGGGCUUUGGGGCUCCAGAGAAGGAUACAGUCCAGAGUUUACGAGGGGAGGAGGAGGAAUCAGACCAGCAGCAUGCGGCUACAAAAGAAAGAUCAGAAACAUUUGGAAACUGGCUGACCGAAAAAGAAGGUGGUUAAUUUCUGCAAAAUACUGGUGGAAAUCAACAGAUGAGGCAGCAAAUAUGGAGAGGAAUAAACAGUCUACCUUUAGGCCGAGCCCCUUCAGUAUGCCUAGACUGUGUACUCCUCUGCUUAGUUGCUUCCUGAACUGCAGAGCUCCUUCAGCAUUUUGUGUGUGUACGUCUCUGUAUUUCCAGUAACUGCAGAAUCUCUCGUGUUUCACAUCUGCAUUUUACUUUGGUAUGAGAUACACGUUGAUAUUGAGUAUAUUGUUUAUGGGAGCCGCUUUCUGCGUUAAAACAGCUGCUGAUUUUUCUAUACACACGAAAAAAAAGAGGUAUGGACAUUGAACCAGUGCUUGCAAAAAUGUUUAAUAGCGUCGUGAUUACCCAUAAGGCCAUGCGUAAUAGUUUUUGGCCGGCGCUGAAGCACCGAUCGAAUGAGCAGGCGUCAGGGCUGUUGACGUCACUGUGUACACGUAUGCGCGCAGUACAGAAAAGGCCUUGGAAAAUUUCAAUGCAGGUUAAAAAUGACAAGGAAUUUGUCCAUGGGAAUUCCAACAAAACACACCAGUUUUGCUGUCUGUGUCCAGAUAUUUAAGAAGUGGAGCAAGGGGUUCACUCGAUCAUCCUUCCUACUCAGACGGUGGGGAGGGAUUCACUCGAUCAUCUGACUAACUGGCACAUCUGUCAAUUUACACGGGGGAUCCCAUUCAUCUGCUCAGAAGGUGGGAAUGAAUUCAGUCUGUCAUUUCAACUGAAGGUACAUCAGCAAGUUCAUAAUGGGCAAGGCCAUUCACCUGUUCUGUGGGAGAGAAGGGAUUCAGCUCGUCAUCCCACCUGUGGACACACCAGUCAGUUCACACUGGGCAGAGGCUGUACAUCUGAACUUGUGGGGAAGGAUUCACUCAGUCAUCUGACCUAAUGGCUCACCAGCGAGUUCACACCGGGGAGCAGCCAUUCACCUGCUCAGACUGUGGGAAACAAUUCACUUACUCAUCUAAGCUGAAGGUACAUCAGCGAGUUCACACUGGGGAGAGGCCGUUCAUCUGCUCGGACUGUGGGAAGGGAUUCACUCAGUCAUCCACCCUACAGAGUCACCAACGAGUUCACACUGGGGAGAAGCCGUUCACCUGCUCAGACUGUGGGAAGGGAUUCACUCAGUCAUCCAGCCUACAGAGUCAUCAACGAGUUCACACUGGGGAGAGGCCAUUCACCUGCCCAGACUGUGGGAAGGGAUUCACUUUAUUAUCUCACCUACAGAGACACCAAUCAGUACACACUGGAAAGAGGCCGUUCACUUGCUCAGUCUGUGGGAAGACAUUCACUCAGUCAUCCCACCUACAGAGUCACCAGCGAGUUCACACUGGGGAGAAGCCGUUCACCUGCUCAGAGUGUGGGAAAGGAUUCACUUGGUCAUCUGAUCUACUGAGACACCAGCGAUUUCACACUGGGGAGAAGCCAUUCACCUGCCCAGACUGUGGGAAAGGAUUCACUUUAUUGUCUCACCUACAGAGACACCAGUCAGUACACACUGGAAAGAGGCCGUUCACCUGCUCAGUCUGUGGGAAGGCAUUUACUCAGUCAUCCCAUCUACAGAGUCAUCAACGAGUUCACACCAGGGAGAGGCCAUUCUCCUGCUCAGACUGUGGGAAGAGAUUCACUCAGUUAUCCGAACUACAGAGUCACCAACGAGUUCACACUAGGGAGAAGCUGUUCACCUGCUCAGACUGUGGAAAGCGUUUCACUAGAUCAUCCACCCUAUUGGCACACCAGUCAGUUCACACUGGGGAGUGGUCAUUCACCUGCUGUGAGUGUGGGAAGGGAUUCACUCGGUCAUCUCAUCUACUGAAACACCAGCGAGUUCACUCUGGGUAGCGGCCAAUCACCUGCUCAAACAUUGGAAAGAGAUUCUCUUAGCCAUCUCCACCAAAUGAGCAUCAGUGAAUUCACACUGGGGAGAGGCUGUUCACCUGUUGUGAAUGUGGGAAGGGAUUCAUUCAGUAAUCUAACCUUGUGACACACUACCAGGAUUACACUGGGGAGAAAGUUUCAGGAAGCUGCAUGCUGGAGAUUUGUCCAUCACUGUUGCUGAAUGCAAUUUCAAGAGUGACUGUCGGUGCUGAAUUCUGCAAUUAUUGCUGCUGCUCACCACAUCCAGUUCUGCACACUGGUCACUGGGCACAGGAGGAGAUUCAUAUAACCACAUAAUAAUUACAGCACAGAAACAGGCCAUCUUGGUCUAAUCCGUGCCGAACACUUACUCUCACCUAGUCCCAAUGGCACACACUCAGCCCAUAACCCUCCAUUCCUAUCCUGUCCAUAUACCUAUCCAAUUUUACUUUAAAUGACAAUACCAAACUUGUUUCUACCACCUCUACUGGAAGCUCGUUCCACACAGCUACCACUUUCUGAGUAAAGAUAUUCCCCCUGGUGUUAUCCUUAAAUUUUUGCCCCCUAACAUGUACUUUUGUUUGAAUCUCCCCUGCUCUCAAUGGCAAUAGCUUAUCCACGUCAACUCUAUCUAUCCCCCUCAUAAUUUUAAAUACCUCUAUCAAGUUCCUCCUCAACUU